AUGUCCUUCGCGAUGCUGCGCUCGGCACCGCCCGGCCGCUACCUGUACCCCGAGGUGAGCCCGCUGUCGGAGGACGAGGACCGCGGCAGCGAGAGUUCGGGCUCCGACGAGAAGCCCUGCCGCGUGCACGCGGCGCGCUGCGGCCUCCAGGGCGCCCGGAGACGGGCCGGGGGCCGGCGGGCGGGGGGCGGCGGCCCGGGGCCUGGGGGGCGGCCGGGCCGCGAGCCCCGACAGCGGCACACGGCGAACGCGCGCGAGCGGGACCGGACGAACAGCGUGAACACGGCCUUCACGGCGCUGCGCACGCUCAUCCCCACCGAGCCGGCCGACCGCAAGCUCUCCAAGAUCGAGACCCUGCGCCUGGCCUCCAGCUACAUCUCGCACCUGGGCAACGUGCUGCUGGUGGGUGAGGCCUGCGGCGACGGGCAACCCUGCCACUCGGGGCCCGCCUUCUUCCACGCGGCGCGCUCUGGCAGCCCUCCACCCCCGCCGCCCCCGCCCCCCGCCCGCGACGGCGAGAACGCCCAGCCCAAACAGAUCUGCACCUUCUGCCUCAGCAACCAAAGAAAGUUGAGCAAGGACCGAGACAGAAAGACGGCGAUUCGGAGUUAGAGGCGGAUGCUGCUGGGCCAUCCACGGAGAGCCCCCAUGGACCUGACUCGGGCACAGGCCUCCCUGAGGGCACCCCCCAGGCCAGCCCUGCCCCGGCUGUGAGCAGGGCCGAUGGACAGACAGGCGGUGGGACUCGGAGCUGGCCCAGCACUUGCCCAGCCCCACUGGAACUUUCCGUGCUGGCUCCCAACCUGGUUUUCUUCUGGUCACUAUGUGCUGGCAUCUUGUGUCUUUGAUAUGAUAAUAUAAAG